UUAGGACUGCGACUAUAAGUCUCUUUCUCUUAGGCUCUCUAUUCUGCUGCAUUAGGACUGCGACUAUAAGUCUCUCUCUUAGGAUGCAACAGGAGACCACCCAAAAACCAGAAAACACACACUCUCUCUCUGGCCUCUGCAGAAGGGGCGGCCCCAAAACGCCGAAGUCCAUCUUCCUCUCUCUUCCCAAAAUCGUGUCCCUCUCUUUGUGAUACCAACAGGUUCAUUACUGGUUCUUUACUUGAUUGUUACUGAUGACUCAUCGAAACAAAGAGAUAACAAGGAUCUCUGACAAGAAUAAGAGACAUGUCUCUUUCUCUAAAAGGAAAGGGGGCCUAUUUAAGAAAGCUGGCAAACUCGCAUCACUGACGGGCGCUGAAGUGGGUAUAAUGAUAAUUUCUGAGGGAGGCAGGUUGUUCACCUAUGGAAGCCCCUCAAUAGAUGAUAUUAUAACCAAGUACCUGCAGGGGCCCCAAUUACUGAAUGAGUCUCACAGGAAACACUUGCAAUGCUUAAGCACCCUACACUCUAAAAUCCAAAGCCAGUUUGAAGAUGCGACAGAGCUAUUUAAUGAUCUCCAGACUUUAAAAGAGAAGUGGGUAAAACUGGACAUGCAUUCUAAGGAUAUAUUUGAAAUGGAAAUACAAGAGUUGAAAGAAUAUGUUUCCUUCCUCCAAGUGUUGCGAGAGAAGGCAUUCAUGCUUCCAGAAAAUGGUGACAAUAAUGUUAAUUUGGACUGUGUGGAGUCUAGUUGUCAAACUUUGUAUCAAGAGAAUUCACAUGAAGACUUGACGAGCACAUCGAGUUUGCCAAAACAUCUGAUUCAUCAACAAAGAGUCAAGGACAUGAAUAUUCAUUUGUGUAGUGGAGAAUUUGGGCCAAAACAUUUAUAUCCAGAAUAUGAGAAUGUCGAGAUGGGAUGCUCAUUUGGUUUAUCUGAGGUCAGUGAUCUGGAUCAUCAUGGAAGCAUAAAUGCCAUGAAUGUUUGUUUCAGUAAUGGAGAGUGUGGGCCUCUAUUUUUGUGUCCACAAGAUGAGGGCAUAGAAAUCAGCAGCUCAUUGGAUUUGUCUGAGACUUGUGACUGGAAUCAUCUAGGAAGUAUCAAAUAUAUGAAUUCUUUUUUGUGUAAUGGAGAGUUUAGGCCAAAAAACUUAUAUCCACAAGAUGAGAACUUCGAGAUGGGCUGUUCAUUUGGUUUAUCUGAGAUCAGUGAUCUGAAUCAUCAUGGAAGCAUAAAUGGCAUGAAUGUUUGUUUCAGUAAUGGAGAGUAUGAGCCUCCAUUUAUGUGUUCAGAAGAUGAGGGUAUAGGAAUGAGCAACUCAUUGGGCUUGUCUGGGAUAGUAGCUGGAAUCAUCUAGGAGCAACAAGGAUAUGAAUUCGUAUUUGUGUAUUGGGAGGUUUGGAUCUCAAAUUUGUAUGAACAAUUUGAGAAUGUUUUAAUGUCUAAUAACCAAUAUUCAUGCUUUGUUUUCUUAUUCAGAAUGGAGACAGAUUCUGCUCUGCAAUGUUGGGCUUGAUAUGAUUCAAUGUGGCACAGUGUGCUCGUUCCACAAUGUGGUGAAAUUUUGUGUACUUUCGUAGGAUGGUGGUUUAUCUGAAAAGUGGAGUAGUGGUACAGGACAUGUACUGAAUAUUUAUUUACAGGACAUGCGCUGAAUUUUUAUUUAUUUAUUUUUUUGACAUGUUAAUGGUGGG